AUGUAUUGUCGCAACGAAGUAACAACAAAAGGAACUCCGGCUGUACGAGACGAAGCCUGCCAAGGUAUUACAAAUGGCGACGCUUCGGGGCUACAAGGAUCCAAGUUGAAGAAGAACUCAACCAAAACAAGAGAGUUACCUCCCCAAGAGACAUUUGUGUCAAAGUUCACUUCCUGUCGAUGGACGACAUGUUACAUGUGUUUCGUGGCGUCUCUGUUGUUGUAUACAUUCCGCCAUUGUCUAAGCAUGGCCUUUGUGUGUAUGGAAACAGCACCCAGCCUGCUGUCCAACUGGACCGAGAACAAUUUCACGAAUACCACGGGUUUGACGGCGAACAAUGUCACAAAUUCUACGAUACAGGGAUCGGAGUAUACCGAGGACAAGAGAUACAACCCGUAUGUCCCGGCUCAGUUAGAAGGGACACUUCUCUCCAGCUAUUUCUACGGGUACCUGUUGACGCCCUUGGUAGGAGGUACUAUCGCCUCCAAGUUUGGGCCAAAGAGAGUGGUGGCUACAUCACUGACCAUAGCGUCCACAGCAAUCGUCUUGUUUCCAUUAGCCCUCAGAACAAACAUAUACCUCGGCAUUGCCAUGCGGAUCAUCGUGGGCCUGUCAUCGGGCACCAUCAAUCCUUCUCUCUAUGUCAUGUGGUCCCACUGGGCUCCCAUAUAUGAAAAGUCUCAACUGGCCGCUGUUACAAAUUCAGGUGUGAACAUGGCCAGUAUCCUAGUGACGGCCGUGUCGGCAUCCCUCUGUGAGAUUGCUGUGGACGACGGGUGGCCCUUCAUCUUCUACGUCUAUGGUGAGCAAUGUCAAGGAUUGUUCUGUGAAUGCAUCAGUGGCUGUAUGCCACCAUGGAUGAAGAUCUUUAAGUCUCCCCCCUUCUGGGCGCUGCUGACAGCUCACAUCUCCCAGACGUGGAUUGAGACCACCAUCACCACCUUCAUCCCCAUGUACAUGAACGAUGUCCUCAAGUUCAAGAUUGAAGAGAAUGGCCUACUAUCUUCGCUGCCGUUCAUUGGGCGGUUUCUUGGGGGCAUAGUCACUGCCUACAUUGCUGAUCUGAUGCAGUCAAAGGCCGUAAUGAAAACAACAUACACAAGAAAAAUGUUCCAGACAAUUGGGUCAGUCAUUCCAGCCUCGUUGCUGAUUGGCGUGAGUUAUUUGAACACCGACCAGAGGGUGAUGGCGGUGGGGCUACUGACGCUGACGAUGACGGUCAACUCCACAACAAUAGCCUCCUUCAGGGUUAACCAUCUUGACAUUGCUCCCAGAUACUCCGGCCAAAUAAUGGGCUUCACGCAGACGUUUGCAAUCGUCGGUGGCAUCGUCAGUCCUCUUGUUACAGCAGCUAUUACUAUUGAUGGGACAAGGGAGCAAUGGCAGAUCGUAUUCAUCAUCACAGCUACCAUCGUCCUGUUCUCCAACAUCGUGUUCGUCCUGUUUGGCAGUGGGCGGGAACAAGCCUGGGCUAAGUUUAAGGAAGCAACCAUCGACAUUCCACGCAUGUCAGAGCAGAAUCACUCCCAGACUGUGAAUGCAGAACAGCAGAAUGCGCCCCAUGUGUCUGUUAUACAUAUCCAGGGUGGGGGCUCGUAUGACUUUGUGUAUGACGUUAAAGUGGAUACAAAGAAUGAGGAGUUGGGUAAAGUCAACACAGGCUUUGAUGGGGAUGAUUCAGGAAUUGUACAGUCGGAGGAAGGUUCCAACGAUAUCAUAGAGACUACCCGGAUGUAGGAUCAGACGUGAUGAGAUGAUGAACUGUGAACUCGGCGAAACGUGUCGGACUAAUUAUGGAGGUAUGAGUGAGACGAACCCAGGGCAUUUGACGUGUCUGCAGUUGGUGUAACCUUCUGGUCGGACAGCCAUAAUAAUCGACAUGUGAGGAAGUGUAACUGGAGCUUUAGAAUACAUGCUAAUGUAACUGUACAAAUGAUUACGCAUCUCUUCAUCUCCGAUGCGGUACAAAUCCUAAAUGAAUGCAAUUAUUCUGAAGAUUCUGUGCUCACUUAGCUCCAACUGCACUAACUAUAUGUCAUCGGAAGUGACGUUUUAAUAAACCAAGAUGGUGGCCCCCGCAAUAAUCGUGCGGAUUGUGGAUCAUGUCGAGAUAUACUGCCAUUUGUUGGUCAAUGCGGUCUUAUGUAAUUAUAUUUAACCUAGUCGUGUUUCAGGAUUAUGGUAUCCAGAGUCCAACACGUCUGUGAAUGUGUUUGUGUAUGUGUGUGUUAUCUCUUUCUGUUGCCUAGCAACAGUGUAUAUACCUAAACCAACGGUCAACGCAAGUUCAGAUUAUAGUUUUGGGGACAUGUUAUGCACGACUGACCUUAGGCUAUGAAACAUGAACUUUCUUCAAAUUCUUGGAGGUCUCAGAAAUUAUUUCGACCACUAUUUAAAUGACCAAAGAUGUUUUGAUAUAUUUUAUAGUUGAAUAUAUAUAUCAAUAGAGAAAUGCAUAUGUCAUGUGAUAUUGACCAAUAGAAAUACUGAACAAGA